CGGCCGGCGCAGAGGUAGACGUCAUCAAUCGGCGCGACGGGGAAGCGCCAAGAUGGCGGCGCUGGCGCUGUCUUUGGCGAGGAGGGAAACCGGGCCCAGGCUUCUCCUCAGCCUCAGCCUCAGGCGGAGCUCGGUGUCAACGGAUCCCAGAUACCCCGGCAUCCAGGAGUCCAGUGAGGAAUAUCACUUUGUGGAGAGGCUCAUCCCUCCCACCCGAGUCCCGGAGCCCCCAAAGCACGAGAAAUACCCCACGCCCUCCGGGUGGAGACCCCCACAAGAUCCGCCUCCUGACCUGCCUUUCUUUGUCCGCCGGUCGCGCAUGCACAACGUCCCCGUUUACACGGACGUCACCCACGGGUGCAGGAAGAUGACCGUCAUCCGGAAGAUCGAAGGCGACAUCUGGGCCCUCGAGAGGGAAGUGAAGGCCUUCCUGACGGAUCUGUCUGGAGAGACGCCCCUGACGCAAGUCAACGAAGUGGCCUCCAGCCUCCGCAUCAAGGGCUACUUCGACAAGGAGUUAAAGGCCUGGCUGGUGGACAAAGGCUUCUGAAUUCAGAACAAUAAUAAUAAAAUUUGAAGGGGGGGGGGGUGUCUUGCAAGAGAAUAGUUAUUGAUGUUAUUAUGUUUCCUAGCUAGCUAAAAUUUCAAAAUAAAAUUCUUAAAAAUCA